UCCAUUCAUGGGGGUAUAAUAUCAUUUUCUACUACGAUACAAUAUUGGGUUUCACUGUUCUGAAAGUAAAUACGUUUAAACAAGCCAGUUUGUAAUUAUAUAUUCGUGACCAGCGUGGUGGUCAAUAAUAAACUUUGGAUGGUUACAAUGAAUGGAAUAAUUAUUGAACGUUGUAGUUUUAAGUUAAAUUGAAGUUAUAGAUAAAACUAAUUUGGAAAAAAGAAACAGCUAGAUAUAAUGAGAAAAAUUAUGGAAACAGAUGGACAACUACCACUUGUGAAAUUAUCCAUAAAGUAAAGACGCUUUCAGAAGGAAAUUAUUGGAAGCGGAUUUUAUAAAGUUUUAAAGAUUUUAUUUUAAUCCGUUGAAGUAUCAUACAGAUUCAUAUAAAAUCUGAUUGGCAGCGCUCAUUAGUAUAUGUUACAGAACGUUCUUCAGUCCCUUUAUUAUAUAUAUCUCCGCCGGGAUGUAUCUAAACAGUUUCUAUUGUAUUUGUCGUCUGUCAUGGUAGGAAUUAAUGGAUUACUCUUCUCAAACUACAGAACGACCGUAAAUUAAGAUGUCCGCUAGCUAUUGCUACAUUCAUGCAAUUUUAAUGGUUUAAUUCAUUGCGUGUUCCAGUCGAGUUGAUAAAUAAAAAUGCAGGGUUUAUUGGCACGUCUAAAGAGUGUUCGCGACCAGAAUUCCGAGUGUGAUGUACCGCAGAGAGACGGCAUUCAAGGAAUAAAAAACCACUUUACGCUGAAUAAGUUCAUAAAUCAUGCUGGGCCAAUUGACGCGGGCAAUAAAAUUAUAUCUAAUGGGACGACAGUAGAUUACAGUGAUGAUACAGAUUUGGAAUUUGAUACAAGAGGAACUGAUGAUAACAACGUAGAAAUAGAAAUAAUUAUGGCAAUGAAUAAAACAACUAGCAAAGUGCGAAAUAGAAACAGCGUAACGAGUCCGAGACAAAUUGCUAAAAGUACAAAGUCUCGCGGUGGAUCAAGAGUGUCUUUAAGUAGUGUUGCACUUAGUGAAAAAGACGACUUGGAUACUUUAAAUCUAGAUUCAGAUGACGAAGUGUUAACUUCUCAGAAAACAGAAAGAUAUAACCCAUCUCAAGCAUGGGCAGCAUUUGAAAAUUGUGUGAAAAAUAUUGAUAAUAGUAGUCCAGAAUAUUUUGUGAAGAAACCAAAACCAAAUUUUGUUUCUAGUGGAACUUUCCAAAAAGUAAUGGUAGACAUGUAUGGUAAUACAGAAUAUGGUAAUACUAAGGGAUAUACUCUUUUAAAACAAAAACUUAACAACAUGGCACGAUCAACGAUGCUGGCGUCACGUAUGAUGCAUGCGGCAGUAGAAAAGGGUCAAGAAGAGAGAGAACUUGAAGAAUUAAAUGCUGAAGAGAGCGUAGAUGGUACUAUAAAUGAUUCUAGUUGCGAACCGGAAAGUGUUACUAAAGUGUUUGCAAAAAGAGGUUGGAAAAUUCUUAAAAGAGAGGUGAACGAAACAGCUAUGGAACAAAAGAUACAAUCGACGAAACUAAAUUGGACAAUGCUGCAGCAUACUUUAAAACAAAUGAGUAAUGUUGAAAGAACAAGGCAGGAUUUAUACGAACGGUACGGUAUUGUGCCGACCACGUUGCCUGAUGGAACGACUGUAUGUGAAAACCGGAUGUUAAGUGAACGCGCUCGUGCUCAAAUUUAUGGUAGGAAUAAAGAGGGAAGUGACAACAAACGACCCUUGAGUUACCAGCCUCCCCCAGUUCACUUACGGUCUAGAUCGCAGACCGGGUAUCAAAAGAUUAACAGAGACGGUGCUAAAAGCGCAAAAUUGCCCAACGUUGGCCGGGGCAGACUUAGACCACUGACCGCUAAACCGUAACGCUUUUUAUAAUCUUGUAUACAUUGUACAAACCGAUGGAUAUAAUGACGUCAAAAUAUUGACAAGUGUUCAUUUUAACUUGAUAUUAUUUAGUAUGUUUAGACCUUCAUUCGAAAGUUGUGCUACCAAAGUGCUUUUAUGAAAGUAUUUUUCAUUCUUGCUUAAAGGCCCAAUGUAGAAAUGCUUUUAUUUUUAUUUUUCAAACGCUUUUUAUUUUUGGUGUCCUGUUUUAGUAAGCAAAAGAUAACUACCGGUAUAUGGCCAAUUAUCUGCGCCAUCUUUUGAUGUUGCUUUUAGAAAUUAAUAAAGUUAUAUUAAUUUGGUAUUUUGUAUGGAAGUCAAAAAACUAUGUAAUUUAUUAACAUUUUGUUAGAUUUAUGACAAAUAGUUUUAUGUUCAGCAUUUCUUUCUUUAUGUGAUAAACCUGUAAGAUGCUCUAAAACUCUUAUUUGAACAUUAAAAAACUCAUGUCUGCCCUUUCUCAAGAAAAAAAAAACUUAUUUGUUUUUUUUUAGGCAUAAUGUGCCUUUAAUGCAGAAUUCGGGCCUGGUGGCUCCUUUGAUUAAAUCGAGCGCACAUUGUUACUUUAGUAUGCUUAAUUUAUCAUGAAGUUGUAUAUUAUUUUGCAAUAUUACAUUUUCAUAAAAGAACGAAAAUCAUUUGUAGCAUUGUGUGAGAAACAACAGGUUACAAAAUCGAUUUUGUCACUAGAUACAAUAGUUUAAAUAGCUCUGUACAAAGUUAAAUAAUUGUUUAUUUAUAUAAAAUAUACUGUAUCAUACUGAAAUAUAGACCGCUAGAAGUCGCUUUAUUAUUUUGUGCAAUCCUUCAUUAUUGUACAAAGUAACUUAUUCGUUAGUCAAAAUAAACGAUAGAUUUUAAAAACAAUAGUCUUUCAGUUCAUGUUUUACUUGACCUAUAUCUAAACUACAAUAUAAUAGUUGCUAAUGAAUCUAUUGUAGUUUGAACUAAAGAUUUCAUGGGAAUAAGAAAUCUCGUGGGAACUACGACAUAUAUAUUUCAUAAACAGUAAUAUUGUCGGAACUU